UCUGUCGGCCAUGUUGUCGGCAAAACACGGAGUUCAAAGGAUUGCGCUACUCUGCUCCGUAGGAGCUAUAUAGUGCUCUAGUGGGUAUGAUCUCUAUGGUUUGAUUUUGGUGAAAAGUCGAAGGUUCGUCGAACCGGUUCGACUUAGUCGAACCCCCAAAGUUCGACAAAAAAUCAGGUUCGACAAAAGUUCGCGACACCCCUAUCGCAAAUCAUGGCAGCGGCCGCAGCGUGCAAUGUGGGCCGACUUUCGAGUCAGAAAACGGCAAUUUUCCUCUGCGACAUGCAGGACAAGUUUCGAAACACCAUUCGAUACUUUCCGGAGAUUGUAGCCGUUUCGCAGCGACUGCUCAAGGCUGGCAAAUCCCUCGACAUGCCGGUCAUUGUCACCGAGCAGUACCCCAAAGGGCUGGGCCGCACGGUGCCCGAGCUGGGUCUAUCGGCCUACCCGGACCUGUGCCCCGUGGAGAAGACCCAGUUCUCCAUGGUUACCUCCGACGUGGCGCAGCGGCUGACCGACACAAAGGCGGACUCCGUCGUGCUGUGCGGCGUCGAGACCCACGUGUGUGUGCAGAACACAGCCCUGGCGCUUCUUGAGAAGGGAUUCAAUGUGCACGUCGUCGUGGACGCCUGUUCCUCGCGCACCAUGGUCGACAGGUUCUUUGGCUUUGAGCGCAUGAAGGCCAGUGGUGCCUGGCUCACUACUAGCGAGAGCGUCAUCCUAGGCCUGCUGGGAGGAUCGGCCCACCCCAAGUUCAAGGAACUCCAGAAGCUCAUCAUGGAACCCGCUCCAGACAGUGGCCUCCUCGGCUUCCUCAAGAUGUGAACUCUACAAGAGACGUUGGAAUCUUCUACAUUGACCAGAAUCCCGUCUUGUACUUGUUACCCAAGUUACAUCUUAUUUGUUAGAACCCAUCGGGUUAGUUUCUGGUUGAAAGUUACUUCAAACUGGGCGGGCUAUUUUAACCCACGUCGAACAUUAAAAAGAAGGUGCUGCAGCCUUCCACGGCACCAUGCAUGUUUUG